AAGGGGCCCUGGAGGAUGGGGAAGAGGUGCCCAGGUGGGCCCCCUGUCAUGUCUGUAGCAGCCCACCCAGAGGAGUCUCUUUCUGGGCAGGAACCACCCCGGGACCGGGCCUUGGUGGACCACGAGAAGGUCAUCAGCUGCCCCCACCUGGGCGCCAGCACCAGGGAGGCCCAGAGCCGCUGCGGGGAGGAAAUCGCCAUCCAGUUCGUGGACAUGGUGAAGGGGAGGUCCCUGGCCGGCGUUGUAAACGCCCAGGCUCUUACCAGUGCCUUCUCUCCACACACCAAGCCUUGGAUUGGUCUGGCUGAAGCUCUGGGGGCACUGAUGCAAGCCUGGGCUGGGUCCCCCAAAGGGACCAUCCAGGUGGUAACACAGGGAACGUCCCUGAAGAAUUCUGGGACCUGCCUGAGCCCCGCUGUCAUUGUUGGCCUCCUGAAGGAAGCUUCCCAUCGGGCGGACGUGAACUUGGUGAACGCCAAGCUGCUGGAGAAAGAGGCUGGCCUCCAUGUAACCACCUCCCACAACCCUGCUGCUCCGGAGGAGCAGGGCGGUGCGGAAUGCCUCCUGACCGUGGCCCUGGCAGGUGCCCCCUAUCAGGCCGUGGGCUUGGUCCAGAGCACUGCACCCAUGCUGCACGCACUCAACGGAGCUGUCUUCAGACCAGAAGUGCCUCUGCGCCGAGGCCUGCCCCUGCUCCUGUUCCGGGCUCAGCCCUCCAACCCUACCAUGCUGCCGACCAUGAUUGGCCUCCUGGCAGAAGCAAGGGUGCAGCUGCUGUCCUACCAGACCUCAGUGGUGUCGGAUGGGGAGACCUGGCACGUCAUGGCCAUCUCCUCCCUGCUGCCCAGCCUGGAGCCCAGCAAGAGAAACUCCCCCCCACCCCCGUCCCCCGUAUCCGCUCGCUGUGUUCAGAACACUAAGAGGGAUAAUGAUGCUCCUGGGGACUGGAUGGAUUGCGGAGUGGUUUAUGGGAAGUGCCUGAGGCACUCGGUGAACGUGGUUUUUUCAUCCCGAUGCUUAAAGAGCAGAUGA